AUUGCAGAUUGCAGAUUGCAGAUUGCAGAUUGGAGAUUGGAGCCUAUGCACACCCAAGUUCAUGGGUCGUAUUGUUGAUUCUAAUGAAGAAAGAUGUGUUAAGAGGGAACCAAUUGUAGAGGAGAGGAAACGCUUGAUGAUAGUAGUAGGAGGGCCAAGGGAUGACCUUACUAAGCUAGAAGUCUAGGGAAGUUGGAAGUUCUUGUGCAAGGUAAUUAGAGACGAUGGAAGCAUCUUCUAACCCGGACAGUGGGAAGGGAGAAUCUAAACCUAGCAAGGGAUUGUUGCAGAGUGAGGAAUUGUAUCAGUAUAUCUUGGAGAUUAGUGUACACCCAAGAGAAUCGGAACUUCUCAAGGAGCUAAGGGAUGUUACUGCCAAACACCCAAAGGCUGUUAUGGGUACUGCACCCGAUGCCGGUCAGUUGAUGGACUUGUUCUUGAAGCUUAUCAACCCAAAGAAGAUAAUUGAGAUAGGUGUUUACACUGGAUACUCUCUCCUUCUGACAGCUCUUUCCAUACCUGAUGAUGGAAAGAUUGUGGCCAUAGAUUUAGAACGAGAAACAUAUGAGAUUGGAUUGCCAAUUAUCCAGAAAGCUGGUGUCGAACACAAAAUCACUUUCAUUCAGUCCCUUGCGCUUCCAGUACUCGACAAAUUGUUGGAAGAUCCUGAGAGUGAAAGCACAUUCGAUUUUGCUUUUGUUGAUGCAGACAAGGUUAACUACUUAAAUUAUCAUGAUAGGAUCUUGAAGCUUUUAAGAGUUGGUGGGAUAGUUAUCUAUGACAACACACUUUGGCAAGGAACAGUUGCUUUACCCAGAACCUUAGUUCCAGAGGAGUUGAGACUGUCCAGCCAUCUUACGAUCGAGUUUAACAAGUCCAUAGCAGCAGAUCCUCGUGUCCAAAUAUCACAUGUUCCUGUAGGAGAUGGAUUUACUGUCUGCAGACGUGUGUACUGAUCUCAAGCAUUUUAUCUAUCUUGUUUCUCCCCACCAUUACUCUGUUAUUCUCUGUAACUUCAGCUUGGACUGAUUGGAAAUCUUGAGUACCAGUUUGUUUACUGAAACAUUAGUAGUUGAUAUUAUGAAAAAAAAAAAAAUGAAAUUGAAAUGUUGUGUGCUUGAUCAACAGAAGA